AUGUCAACCUCACAAGAGAGCCUCAGUCCGACGGUCUCAUCCAGUUUCUCGACUUUCGCCGAAGCCAAGGCAUCUCUAGAGGCCACCCUAGAAAAAUACCAAGCUCUGAAUCGUGAAGAUGAUGCAGACGAAUUCUUGAGGAUCGUUUUCAAAUAUCUGCCGCUAGAUGGACAACGUCAUCUCGCAGAGGACGUAUGUGGGUGCCGCAACGAUGAUGAACUCCGACAACUAGCCGACAGCCUAGAUAUUGGGUUACUGCGCCCCAUGAUGUCUAUGGGCGGGGGGACGCCCGCCAUCACUCCUUCCCCCCGUCUUGGGCUUGAGGACUCGAUCGAAAAUCUGAACGCCCUUGACAUCGAAUCAGUCACACGGAGUGACCAGCGUCUACUACGGCGGAAUUGCUCGAAGAGGGAAGGAUACCAGUGUAUUGUUACUGAAUGCUGGGAUCGCGAACAUAACCACCCCCUGGCCAAAUUAACGGUCCCUUGCAAGCCGUUCAUAUCAUUCCUUUUGCCCUUGGUAGCUUCCGAAAUGACGAUGAAAGAAGAGGAUGUGAACCGAGAGGACAAUGUCAUGAUGAUGCUUUCUCCGCUGCAUGAGGAGUUUGGACACUUUCGUUUCGUUUUCGAGGCGAGUGAAACCCCUAACCGCUAUCGUCUAAAAAUGUUUCCGAACUUUUCUUCCUAUUUGACCCAGCUUCUCCCGCGUAAUAUCGUCACCAUUACCAGCCGCGAUCACCAUUAUCGCCUUCCGAGCCCAAUAAUUCUAGCAGUACAUGCUGCUAUUGGGAAUAUCUUACAUGCGAGCGGCCGGGCCGACAUUUUUGAGAAGCUCAUGUACGAUUUUCGUGACACUGGUUGUCUACUGGCUAAGGAUGGAAGCACCAACAUUGGUGGCCUUCUCUCAGUGAGCCGACUGUCGGUGUUAUCCUCGGGCUGGAAUCACAUUCAAGCCGAGGACGGCAUCAACAAGGUCAAGCGGCUAGGUGCUCAAGCUAGCCUACCAGGGACUGAAACCAGAAACCGAGAUCAGGUUAGUGGCCCAUGA